AUGGAAAACAUCACAUCCAAGACUGGCCAACAACAAAUUCCUCGCCCUCAAACGACUAGAAAGUCAGUAUCGUAUGCUCACGAGGAAACCAGAAUUAUGGAAAUUCUGCCAGUACCGGCGAACGAGUCUUUGGACUACUCCCAUGAUCGACUCCUCGAAUGGUAUAAAUCCACUCUUGAUACGCUGAAUUAUUUCUGGAAGAUUUGGUUCGAAGACUACCUUUCUGCGCUACGUGAUCGUCAAACGACACGAAUUCGCCAAGGCAGAUCUACGCCAUAUCUCCCUCGAAUAGGUGAAAUAGUGCUACUUGGAGACAAACAUGUAUCUCGAGGUCAAUGGCCCUUAGCAGUAAUUACGAAGCUCAGCCAUGACCGUCAACAACAGGUCAGGUCAGUUACCGUUCGAACAUCCAGCGGCAAUGUCCUACAGAGGUCCGUUAAUCACCUAUACCCUCUGGAGAUAACACCUCAAAGCGACUCUCCGCAGCAAACGAGGUCACCUCCUCGCAGACUACAACCACAUAGGAAGGUCAAGCGUACUAGCUCCUAUAAAUAG